AUGAAGAUCACAGCCACCUUGGCAAUCCUUUCUCUAGCAAAUUGUUGCUUCUUUUCAGCCAGCGGCAUGGAAAAGCCCCAAGAGAGCCAUAACGGCUUCUUGGAGCCGGGCGGCCCGGCCGAGCUGGAGGUAGUUCUUAAUACUUUAUUAAAUUAUUUUUCAGGUGCUGAUUAUCUAAGCUGGAAGGAUAUAUGCAGUAAACAUCCUCCACCAAAGAAGGGUGAGCCAAUUAUGUGCACAAUGGAGUUUGAUCCUAUCUGUGGUAGUGAUGGCCAAACGUACGGCAACAAGUGUCUUUUUUGUGCUGCCAGAUGGAAAAGUGGAGGCACUCUAACGAUACGGUAUAGAGGUGAAUGUAAAGAGGAUAUAAUAUGCAAUAAAUAUCCUCCACCAAACAAGGGUGAGACAGUUCUGUGCACAAAGGACUAUCAUCCUAUCUGUGGUAGUGAUGGCCAUACAUACGGCAAUGAGUGUCUUUUUUGUGCUGCCAGAUGGAAGAGUGGAGGCACUCUAACAAUACGGUAUAGGGGUCAGUGUAAAGAGGAGGCUUUAUGCAGCAAAUAUCCCAUACCAACGAAGGGUGAGCCUAUUUGGUGCACAGAGGAAUACGAUCCUAUCUGUGGUAGUGAUGGUGACAUACACAGCAACAAAUGUUAUUUUUGUGUUGCCUGGAGAAAAAGUGGAGGCACUCUUACCAUACGUCCUACACAUGAAUGUAAACGAAAGAGCUCCGAACCACUCUUUUACAAGAUGGUCACUAUGUUUGUUGAGCAAGAGUAUGGAGAGAUGGGGAACCUGCUAGUCGCUUUCCCCCACCCGCAGCAAAGCCGGCAAAGGGAAGCCCCGCCUCCAAGCAAGAGUCGCCUGUCAAGGUUUAGCUUUGAACGCUAUAGGAAGUGGCGCAUCCGCCACACAGCAAAUGGCUACGGACUGAACGAGAGGGGCGGCAAUGGGGUGCUGACCAAAGGGCUAGAUGCCUCGCUCCACGCGUCAACCGGAAGUGAAGGCGGGCAGCCCACGUUGGUUUGCGUUCGUAUCUCUUUGGAGGCCGGGCUCGGAAGGCCCCGGAAGCGGCCGGUGACGGAGCGGAAGCGGAAGCGCUGUGCAGCUCUGGGAGGAAGCGUCUCCGGUCGGAGCGGCGCCUCUCCUCACAGCCCCCAUCACAAGAGGCCGGCUGUCGUAGGCAGGCCAGCUCUUGCAAUAUUAUUUGAGAUACAGUGA